UAAAUCAAAGGAAAAUCUGUGGAUAAGCUUCUUUAAAAAUAUUUUCGACCUCUUACAUGCUGAUCUAAAUUUUUAUUUUUCUGAAAACUCUUUAAAUUUUCUAUUUGAAACCUAUAACAGGAUUAGGUACAUAAUAGUUUGUUUCGUCCUCCCCACUUUUUACAAGAAUUUUUGUAAAUUUUUCGAACCUCCCCUUAUUUCGAAAUUGGGAGUGAUGGUCUUAUACUUUCUUGACACACUACAUAUAUGAGGAAUUGUCGCUUUCAAAUCGUUUUAAUUAAAUGCCAAUUGUCGCGGCUUCAAAUUUUGUUUGUUUUUGUCUCUGCACAAAUUGUGAACACCUCAAUAGGGAUGUUCACAAUUGUCACGUCUUUUUAUUUUAAUUAUUUUUUUAUUUAUCUUUUUAUUUUAAAAAUUAUCAAAUUAAUUUCUUUGUUAAUUUUCCUUUUAAAAAAUUUAUUCAAAAUAAAUUAUUUCUUCUUUUUUUAUUUAAUUAACAAAUAAACGUUCAUUUUUCCAUUUGUUAAAAUAAAUAUUUUUUUGGAGGGAGGGAGGGACGCUUCUGGUUUUGACUAAAAAAAUAAAAACUUAAUUUUCUGCCCUUUAUCUAGAAUUAUAUGUAUUUUCCCCUUAUUCCUCCUUCUUUUUAUCCCUAAAUUCUUCUUUUGGGAGGGUAAUUACGGCGCGGACAUUUUGGCGUUUUUUGAAUAUUAUUUUAAUCAAUUUCCCUAUCCGGCCCUUAUUUUAUUUGUUCUCCUUUCUUCCUUUAUUUAUUUAAAAGUCUAUAUGUCGAGAGUCAACGUUUUCAGUAAUUAAGUACCAAUGCCAAUUCUGGGUGUUUGUACUCUAGAUACUACAUACUAUUUCCAAAUGAUUCCCAAAAAAACUUUAUGGGAAUAGAGAGCCAUAUUCACCCAAAGGUAAAAUACCUAACUAUAGUAGGUGCUUAAAGCAAAUUUGGCCUGAUAGAUUCUGGUGGUACCUAUCGCCAUUUAAUCUAAUUGGCGUUCUUUGACCCAAUGUUUACUUUAUCGGAGAAAGAAAAAAGAAAACAUAAAAAUGAGGGCCGGUAACAAGAUAGUACCAACAAUUCUUUAAUCACCUCCCUCCACUUAUUUCUUCCCCAGGUCUCUUAUAUAGAGAGUUCAUUAUAUAGAGUUGUUAAUUUCCAAGCUUUUUUAGUCCAAACAUUUAUUCUU